AAUGCUUACGUUUAUAAAGCAAUAUUUUGAUUCAGUUAACGAUACGAGUCGUUAUUUUACACUACCACCCUUUGUAUGUUGACGUAUCACUCUUUAAGGUUCUGACAUCACACUGGCGUAAUGUUGACUUUGGUGAUUCUAUCCAUUACUGCCAUCCAAACACAGCUGUUCGUAGAGGAAUCCAACAGCUGUUCGUAUAGGAAAGUCAACAGCCAUUGUUUAGCAUCCAGUUCGCGUUUAUUUACUUCAGUCGUCGCAAACGUCCCAAGAUGGUCUUUGGGUUCAUCGAGGAGUUGAAACGCACGAAUAAGCGACAGUGCCUGGACCAAGUGCUCUGUCUCGCUAUGGUAGUGUGCUCAGCACUGAUGGUAUGGAAGGGUCUGAUGGUAGUGACCAACAGCGAGAGCCCCAUAGUGGUAGUGUUGAGUGGCAGCAUGGAGCCGGCCUUCCACCGCGGGGACCUCAUGCUGCUCGUCAACUACCCGGAAGACCCUGUCCGCACGGGGGAUAUCGUCGUGUUCCGGGUGGAGGGUAAGGAGAUCCCCAUCGUGCACAGGGUGGUGCGGGUCCACGAGCGGGAGGACGGCACCUUCAAAUUUCUCACCAAGGGCGACAACAACCCCGUGGACGACCGUGGACUGUACAGCCCUGGCCAGCUCUGGCUCACGGAGAAAGACGUGGUCGGCAGAGCCAAGGGGGUGCUCCGCUACGUCGGCUUGAUAACCAUCUUCAUGAAUGAGUAUCCCAAAAUAAAGUUCGCUGUAGUGACCAUUCUUGGGCUGAAGGUGCUGCUCAACAAACAAUAGAUGAGAUUCGGAAGAAUUAUUUUAUUUUUCCAAGAUAAACGGUUUUUUUAUGUUUGUUCGCGGUUUAGAUUUCAGAUUAAUUUAAUUUAUGUGAUUUUUAGGCGUUUUAUCAAUAAACGGAGUGCAUAAAAGUUUAAGUAUAAUAUGUAAAAUCAGUACUUAUUUAGUUGUUAACACCUCUGUAACAGGGAAAUACGUUUAUACACUAUUUAACUUAAAUGUAGGUUUCAAGGAACUAUGUUCCUUAGUUAGGAACUUGUUAAUGCGUUAUAGAUAUACGUCUAAUGAAGUAAUUACAGUCUUUAUAAAAUAUACAGUUAUAUAAAUUACA